UCGGCCUAUUCCCUGUUUGGAUGUGUUCAGGCUUUCUCCACUAGGUGGAACAAAUGCACAGUAUGAGUUGUGCAGUUCACAAAUACAGCAAGAAGAGAGUUAGUAGCAAAACAUUAGACCUUUUUUAUUUUCAACAAAAGGUUCUGGUCUGUGUCCAUACUGUCUUGUAUAAACAGACAGAUGGUGUCUUGCCGGGUCUGGUUGGACACUACAAGUCUAAUACCACUCCAGAAAUGGUUUCAGAUAUGGUGUGGUCUGGUUAUUCUUUUCACUGAAUACUAAUUUAGAUACAUCACUCGCACUUAAAAAAGAGACAGUAAUCUUUACACCAUGGUCAAUUACAAAUUGCAAAACAAAUUGUCACCCUUUUAAAUGUAUGCAAAUGAAUACUCUGAAUGUGUUAGUGGCAUGGCCCAAUGUAGCAUCUAUGGUAGUUAGAACCCUCCUCAGAGACUGAAACUGUCUCCUCCUACAGGAAGAGAAAGAAGAAGAAGAAAGGAACCGAGAGAGCCCUUCAGUUUGAGAAGUUAAUCUAGUACAGAAGAAUAUAUUUUCUACCUCCAAUAUUACUUCUUAUUACGUGGUAAAAUUUUAAAACUACUUUAAAAACAUUUUGGUGUUCACUAUGGUGUUCAAGAUGAAAAAUCUUAUUUUCUUUCUUUACAUCAUGACUGUCGCUGCAAACAAAGGAUCUGUCUCUUUUUCUGGAACCAACGUUAAUAUCCAUUGUAGUGAACCAGGUGCUGAUUUAAAGAAAGGCGAGGAGACCUUCGGAAACUCCAGAUUAACACCAUAUCAGGACAGUGAUCCAGCCAAAUUGUAUCACUGUAUGAGGACAUUGGACGAGAAUGGAGAACAAGUGGAGGACCCGGAGAAAUAUUUAGCUUUCUACAUCAAAGCCAAAGUGUGUGAAAACUGCUAUGACAUAGACGGUUCCCUCAUUGUGGCUGCAAUCUUUGCUGAUCUGUUCAUUACUGGAGGCAUCAUCAUCAUGGUAUAUGCCUAUGGUCAGAGGAAGUCAGGGCCUGCACCCCAAAAGCCUACCCAUCCACGGCGUAAUGUUACCCCCAGCGCAUCCCCAGCUAGCCAGGAAUAUCAGUCUCUCAGUGAAGUCAAUCGCAGCAAAGAUCUAUACUCUACUGUGCACAAAACUGGAUAGAGCACCAAGACUCACCUCCAAAGGAUCUGUCUUUCAUGAAGAAGAGACGCAGAGAGUUUUUGUAUGAGCACUGCAAUUGUUUCUCUGUCUGUGAUAAACAAUGGACUUUUAAAACGUUGUCACUUAUUUGUACUUAUUUUAAUGUACCAUUGGUGGAAUGGACUGUAUAUUUCUCUUAGAAGUUUCGCAAUUCACAAAAAUGCAGUCUUUCUAUGUACAUCUGUUGUUUUUACCAAAUCAUGACAGAUUUCUAUUUCAUGUUUCUUGCUAAUCUGCUUUGUCUUAGAAAACAACGUGUCACUUUUUCCCUCACACUUACUACAUAGUUGUUUGCGGAAAUAUUACCAUGGAUAGUUGAGGCGUACUAUUUCACAUGUGUAUGAUUAAUAAUCUUUACUGUAGAUGAUGGUGAAGAAAUGAGUGGGAAGAAAACGAAUUACAUGAACAAGACUUUUCCCUUUCGUGUCGUGUACAGUGGAAACAAUGUCAUCAGUCUGAAAACAGAUAGCUGUUCUCUGUAUAUAUCAUCAUUUUUAUAAUAUGGAAUAAACAAUGGCUCUGCUUGGUA